AACAAACGGUCGAAACCGAACACAGCUUGUUAACUGUGUGAGUCCACAGUGCGGCAUCGGCACGCCGUUUUGCGUUUAGUUUCCCUUCGACAGCCCUUCGAACCGGUCGCGAAACGGUGCUUUCUCCCGCUCGGAACACAAACUCUCCAGGGAGUGAUUUAGGUGCGCGCGAAUGGAGCCCAAAAGCGAAGAACCAACCUGAAGAAAAGAACGUGAUAAGUGAACCAAAGAGUGCAUUAGAAGCAUUUAAAGUGAGAGAAGCGGAAAAAACGUUUGCCGUACAUGAGUUCGAUUGCGGUUUUCACCGGUCCCGGAUGACGACGCCACUGCCGCCGGUCCGGACCACCAGUCGUCGGAGGAGAGUUUUCCGACUGCACUCGAGAAAAAUUGAAACAAAAAGUCAACUCCCCGAACAGUUGGCGGAGCAAAGAAAAAAGUUGUGAAAACCCUUUAACCAGAGCAGAAAAAAGUGCUGUGAAAAAAUGAGUUGCACAACUAACCGGCUUGCUGCGACAGCUUGUUGAAGUUUUGUACGGAGAGGAAGAAGUGUGAAAAGUGUGUGGUGAAAAUUGGUGAAAGAAGAAGGAAAAUGUUUUAAUUUCCCGAAGCGCGUCAAAGCAUAGAAAAAAAAACGCGAAUUAGUUUUGAUGUGCGGGUUAAUUAAAAAUAAUUGCUUGUUAAACGUGUAGGGACAACGUGGUCCCAUAAUUAGACUGCCAAUUUCGGUGGGAAAAAAGUGAACCAGCCUGAAGGAGCAGUGCGCAGUCUAGCGCAGCACAAUAAUGUUAGCUAAAUUAAGUGUAAAUAUAGUUAUUCUUCUAAUUCUAGGAAAAGAAAUCAAAGCCAGCUGGGAAGAAUGGUGGACGUACGACGGCAUCUCAGGUCCCGCCUUCUGGGGUCUGAUCAACCCGCAGUGGAACAUGUGCAACAAAGGGCGCCGCCAGUCGCCGAUCAACGUCGAGCCGGACAAGCUGCUGUUCGACCCGUACCUGCGGUCGCUACACAUCGACAAGCACAAGAUCUCCGGCACGCUGCACAAUACCGGCCAGUCGUUGGUAUUUCGUGUCGAAAAGGACACCAAACAGCACGUGAACAUCUCCAGCGGCCCGCUGGCCUACCGGUACCAGUUUGAGGAGAUUUACUUCCACUACGGCACGGACAACAACCAGGGCUCGGAGCAUCACGUGCACGGGUACAGUUUCCCGGGGGAGAUUCAAUUAUACGGCUUCAACAAGGAGCUGUACCACAACAUGUCCGAGGCGCAGCACAAGGCCCAGGGAAUCGUCGGGAUCUCGCUGAUGGUGCAGAUCGGCGAUACGCCUAACCCGGAGCUGCGGAUAAUCACCAGCACCUUCAACAAGGUGCUCUACAAAGGUUCUUCCACCCCGAUCCGCCACAUCUCGCUGCGAUCGCUGCUGCCCAACACCGAGCAGUACAUGACGUACGAGGGGUCCACCACUCAUCCCGGGUGCUGGGAGAGCACGGUAUGGAUCAUCCUGAACAAACCCAUCUACAUCACGAAGCAAGAGCUGUACGCGCUGCGCAAGCUGAUGCAAGGGUCGGAACAGACCCCGAAGGCGCCCCUCGGCAACAAUGCGAGGCCACUGCAGGCGUUGCACCACCGGACGGUACGGACCAACAUCGACUUUGCCCACACGGGGGCCAGCAAGAAUCAAAACUGUCCGACCAUGUCCAAGGACAUGUACUACAAGGCGAACCGUUGGACGUCGGAAAUAGCGGCCCGGGGCCGCGAGCGAGGUCUUCCAGACAUUGACACCGUGUUCCAGUCGCUACCGUAGUGGAACUGGCGCGGGGGCACCACUGGCAACACUGCCGCUGCGGGUAGAAGUGGCAGCAGCAGCAGUGCCGUGGCGGCCAAUUCCCCCGACUAGGCUUGUGUAGAAAAUAAAACCAACCGAACUAAAUUCCUAUUUUUAUGAAAAACUCACACGAACGGAUGGACGUAUAGAAUAGAAAAAAAGUGCAAAGUACACAAUAUUGUAUAAAAAAAGGAAAUUGUUAUUAGUUCUAUACUAACUAAUGGCGGAAUAGAAGGUGUUUCCUCGAAUAAAUGAUUGCCAAAGAAUUGCCAGGACUAGGAAGACUAGAAAGGUUUUUAAAACACGUGGGGUUAUUUAUUCACGGAGCCCCCUUUGGGGUGGACAAUAAUUCAAACAUUUCAAGUCAUUUAGAGUUUCCAUCAACCUUUAAAAAAAUAAACCAUUUCUGUCUCAGCCUCGUGCAUCAUUUUGGCAAAGUGCUGCGCUUUAGGUAUUGAAUGUAUUGUUUUUUGAACAACACUAACAACAAACGUAUAAAACAACAUUCCAGUCCACCCUCAUAGUUGCUUGAAAACGGCUCCUGUUGAGACAAAACUGUGUGUCUGUGUAAAUAAAUGCCAGCCUCAAUUCCGAAAAAAAACAUGAUAAAAAGUGCUUCUAACGAAAACAAAGUAACACCUUAGCAGUAUUAAUCACACACAAAAUACAGCGAGUUGAGUUAACCUUUAGAGAAAAAAAAAAUCCUUAACUCUUGUAGCCAUUUUUAUAUAACGUGAUGCCUCUAAAC